UCAGCGGCAAGGUACUCAAUAUGGAACGCGACACAGGGGCAUUGGUGUCUUUGAUAUUGGAAGAGACAUAUCGGCGAACAUGGAGAGGACGGACCACUCCUAUGUUGAAAACAACCAACAAGCGAUUGAAGACGUACACAGGAGACACUAUUCAGGUGGUAGGAGAGAUUCAGGUACAAGUGGGCGUCAACAAUAUGGGACAGAAGGUCAAGCUUCUAUUGCUGGUUGUCAGGGGCAAGGGAUCCAGUUUAUUGGGCAAGGACUGGCUGCAGCAGUUGAGAUUAGACUGGCACCAGAUUUUUAGAGUCAGGUAUACGCCACGGGCAGCAGAGGUAGUGACAAGACAACAAGCUCUUUUUCAGAAAGAAUUAGGUCAAUACAAGGGGCCAGCGGCGACUAUUGUGAUUGAUCCUAACAAAACACAACGUUUCUGUAAAGCACUCAGUGUUCCGUACGCUUUGAGACAACGAGUAGACGACCAGUUGAAGAAGCUAGAAGCAGAGGGAAUUCUCAGACGGGUGGAACAUGCAACUUGGGCGGCACCCAUCGUACCCGUGGUAAAACCAGAUAGAUCAAUACGCAUAUGCGGUGAUUAUAUACAAACAGUCAACCGAGCGGCGCGGCUGGACACUUAUCCAAUUCCCAAGGUGGAAGACAUUCUAGCAAAAUUGUCUCAAGGGAAAAAAUAUUUUUCCAAGCUCGACCUGAGCCAGGCUUACAACCAAGUUCCUUUAUCGGCGGAAUCACAAAAGUACACAACGAUCAACACACAAAGGGGACUUUUCCAGUUAACGAGAUUACCGUUCGGAAUAUCGACACCCAGCAUUUUUCAGAGAGUUUUAGAGAGUGUUCUCAGAGGAAUUCCAGGCGUUGACAACUACUUGGACGACAUUCUCGUCAUAGGGGCGACGGAAGCAGAACACACAGAACGGUUGGAGCAGGUGUUGCAAAGGUUGGAAAACGCAGGAUUUAGGUUACGAAAAGACAAGUGCACGUUCAUGGAGACAUCGGUCACGUAUCUUGGUCACGUCAUAGAUGACCAGGGCAUUCACCCCCAUCCAGACAAAGUGAAAGCAAUCAAGGAAGCCCCGGCUUCGUGUAACCUUCAGGAAUUACGCAGUUUUUUGGGACUGGUAAACUACUACAACCGAUUUCUAUCUCGGCUUUCCACCACACUAGCGCCAUUACAUAAACUGCUCCAGAAAGGAGUACGUUGGCAUUGGGGACGGAAACAGCAGAUAGCGUUCAAGGAGGCCAAAAGGAAGUUGUUGUCCCAUCAAGAGUUGGCAUGCUAUGACCCCCACGUGGACAUCGUCGUAUCCUGCGAUGUUUCUCCGUACGGAGUAGGCGCAGUUCUGUCUCACAGGUGACCAAAUGGAACGGAACGCCCGGUCGAGUUCGCGUCGCGUUCAUUGAACAAUACAGAAAAGAAAUACUCUCAGCUCGACAAGGAGGCGUUGGCCCUGGUGUUUGGCGUGGAUAAAUUCCAUAAGUACGUGUUUGGCCGGUUGUUCACUCUCAUGACGGACCACAAGCCGCUGCUUAGACUAUUUCAAAAGGGAAAGCCAUUUCCGAAAUGGCCUCUAGUAGAGUUCAACGUUGGGGGUUGAAAUUGGCGGCUUACACCUAUCAUUUACGACACAGGGCAGGGUCCCAGAAUGGCAAUGCAGAUGCAUUGUGCCGUUUACCACUACAAGUUAAGGAACCCGAAGUGGAAGCGCCGGGUGAAGUUGUUUUAGUCAUGAAGCAGUUAGACGAAUCGCCACUAACGGCCCAACAAAUAAAGGCUCAAACGGGUAAAGACCCUUGUUUGUCAGUUGUCCGUUCGUGGGUAAUGACUGGAUGGCUAAAAUCGUUGUCAAAUACAGUUUAUGCAGACAAGGAGGACUUCGAAGCAUACUGGCACAGACAAAAUGAACUCACAGUUCAUGACGGAUGCGUAAUGUGGGGUCACCGUGCAGUAAUACCCUUCCCCCCCCCGAACGAGGGCAAAAGUGCUAGACACAUUGCACGAGGGCCAUCCCGGCAUUUGUAAAACGAAGGCCCUAGCAAGAGGAUAUGUCUGGUGGCCGAAGAUCGAUGCUGAUUUGGAACGAGUGUAGUGAAAUCACGUGGUUGGUGUCAGGAACACGGGAGGAUGCCUUCAGUGGCUCCAUUACAUCCGUGGGAGUGGCCAAACCGUCCGUGAUCGCGAUUACACAUAGACUAAGCGGGUCCGUUUAUAGGAAGAAUGUUGUUAGUCGUAGUUGACGCGUUUUCAAAAUGGUUAGAGGUACACACCUUGUCAUCAGCUACGUCACGGGCAACAAUUGAGAGUAUCAUAGCAUCCAUCGCAACUCACGGUAUACCGGACAUCAUAGUAUCCGAUAAUGGCUCUUGUUUCACAAGUCAAGAAUUUGAGUUGUUUUGCAGAUCCAACGGUAUUACACACAUCAAGUCAGCACCGUAUCACCCCGCUUCAAACGGGCUUGCUGAACGGAUGGUACAAAUGUUGAAACAAGGUUUGGAAAAGAUGGAAGUAGGAACGUUUCAGGAAAAAUUACAACGAGUGCUAAUGGCCUACCGGAACACGCCUCACACGACAACGGGAAUAACACCAGCCGAGCUACUCCUUGGGCGAAAACCGCAGACCUCAGUAGAUUUGGCGAAACCAAACAUUGCAGAGAGAGUACGUCGAAAGCAAAGUGAGCAGAAACAACAUCACGACAACAAGGCUCGGAACCGGUCAUUUAGCACACAACAAGAUGCAUAUGUCCGCAAUUUCGGAACUAGUUCCCAAUGGAUUCGAGCACAGAUUCGAGAACAGCACGGUCCUUUAUCGUUUACUUGCCGGCUGCAGGAUGGACGUAUCGUGAAACGGCAUCAGGACCACAUUAAAGCCAGAUACAAACGUGAGGAAAAUGUGGCGGACACCAAUUGCACACCGGAGGACAAACGACCAGUUAUAUACGAAGGAGAUGUUGGCGAGCCCGCGGCACACGCGCAAGAGAAACAAAAAGAGACCCAUCAACAAACGGGGAGAGACAAGAAGAGACCCAUCAACAAACAGAAGAGCGGAGGGGAGAUUCUCAAGGAAAGGAGGGCGAACAAGUUUCGGCACAGACGCCGGUACAAACAGACAACCAGACAGAGAAGGGGGAAAUCCCUCCAAAGGGGAACAACGAAUCUCGGCUCAGACCAGCGGAUACUAUUAGAACGGAAGAGAGGGAACCCCAAAUGACGGAACUCUGGAGGUUGCAACGAGUGAGGAAGGCACCGAAGAGACUAGACAUAUAAGUAGCUAACGAGAUGACUUUAGUGUUGUUGUUUUUAGAGAUAGCUGCAGAGAGUACACUUUUGAGCAGUUAACAAUAUGACUAAUUUUUUGUUUUGUCUU